AUGCACACAAAAAAAGGGAAUGACCUCGUCCAAGGCAAAAGAGGUGCUUUGGACAAUGACCCAACAAUGGCUGAUAGGGCGAGCCAGUCAGAUGAAGUAGAUCAAACGAUUCUUGAUUGCCUUACCAAGAGAGCCCAACUGGAAGCGUUCCAACAUCAAACGGACCAAUCUAUUGGCUUAGCUAGAGUUGAUCACGCGAAGAAACAAGAAUCUGGUGCUUCGACUGCGGCGACCGCCACGCUGAGUGGUCAUGGUAGCAAAAAGACCCAAUACGCCACAACAAAUCCUGCCGGAAGUCAAGAGGGAGAUGCGAAAAUCAAAAAACUCGCUGCAAACCGAGCCAGCGUGGGAACAGCGGAGCUUUUGGAUACUAGUCAACAGCAAGAGAAUUUGAUGAAUAUUGUGGCAGAUCGAGCCAGUGUGGCAUCCGCAGAGCUAUUGUAUGAAGAGAUGAACCCCACACAAGGUGAUGAGCACAAUCUUUUGCAAAUGGCAACAGAAAUUACCUCGGUGACCAAGUUGGAAAAAUCUAGCAACAAAAGGUCUGCUGAUGGUGGCCAAACACUCAUGAAAAUGGCAACAGAAAUCAACGAGGCGGCUAAGCUGGAAGAGGUCAGCAACAGCAGGAGGUCAACUGAGAGAAAUGGAAGUGUCCCAGAAAGGUUGCAGCAUGUAACACCCCAAGGGACUUCACAGCUUCCUCGUCCAGGGGCCUACAUGGGAACACCAGGAGAAGGAUUGCGACGUACCAACACCCUUAGAUUCUCCCUCCUUGGUGCUCCUGCUCCCAACACGGAUGAUAAGGAAGAAUUGCAGAUUGAUCAGGGCGAAACAGAGUCGAUGCCACAGGUGUUGCCAAACAACAGCAAUGAUGUAAGAAAUGAUCAGCAGCUAGCAGUGGCAAAUCUUGUUGUGGAGGAUCAUGAGGAUUUCGAGCACCAAAUGAGACCAUCCGCAAGUCCUGUGGAUCUACAACUGGUCGAGGAAAGACAGCAAAAGAAGAGGCAACAGGUUCAGGUGUUCAUUUUGUUUCUGGUCAUGUUGUGCAUAGUGGCAGUCAUUACUGUUGGCACAGUUGCUGGAACAAGAAAAGGAAAGGAUCCAGUCACAACAAUCAGAAGUCAAACAGCUACUCCAACUGCCUUUGGUUCUAUGCAACCUUCCGGAGUUCCUUCCUCAGCCCCAACUGGAAUCCUGGAUUUCAUAAUGGAAGAUUUGCCAAAUUACACUUUGGAGAGCUUGCAGACGUUUGGGACACCCCAGUGGCGAGCAUGGGACUGGCUGUUGGACCACCAAAACAUAACCCAGUUGCCAGAGUGGAGGAAGAUGCAGCUCUUUGCUCUGGCCACAUUCUACUACUCUCUUGAGGGAGAAAAUUGGUUUGAACCUAUCCGAGAAAAGUGGAUGGAUGACUUUGUGGACGAGUGCCUGUGGUUCUCCAGUGGGUUUUCCUAUUUUGAGAAUGGUGUCUAUGCAGAAUAUCCUCCCUCAUAUGCAACUCUUCCGUGCAACCAUCUUGGAGAAUAUACAAGUCUUUGGGUUGAAGAUCUCUCCCUUUCAGGUCUUGCACCAGUUGUUCCACCAGAAAUUACUCUGUUGACAUCCUUGUCUCAGAUUGGGCUGGGAAAAAACAAGAUUUCUUCAUCGAUUGAUAUUAUGCUGCCAAGUGAAAUCUACAAAAUGACAGCAUUGACAUCUUUGAGUUUUGCUGGCAAUCGGUUGUCUGGUAGAAUUCCUACAGAGCUUGGACUUUUGACUGCAUUGGCGUUGCGAAUGUUAGAUAACAAUGAUCACCUGUCAGGCCAGAUCCCCUCCGAGCUUGGACUUUUGACUGCACUUACACGGCUAAGGUUACACUACAAUCGUUUAUCAGGGUGGAUUCCAUCAGAGCUGGCCAGCAUGAGUCAUUUGAUUGAUCUGAGAUUACAGUGGAACCAACUCACAGGCCGGAUCCCAACAGAGCUUGGACGGCUGACUUCUUUGGAAUGGUUGUUUUUGGCCACUAAUGAAUUGACCGGUCAACUUGCAACAGAGCUAGCGCUAUUGAGAUCUCUGAAUAUCUUGUGGUUGGAUACAAAUCCAUUGACCGGACAGAUUGCUACACAAUUCGGAACAAUGGUCAAUCUAACUGUCUUCUCUGCCAGCACAAAUCUCUUAACAGGUCCCAUUCCUUCGGAAUUUGGAUUGCUGACCUUGAAAGAGUUUUGGUUAGAAGUCAAUGAGUUCACCGGUGAAAUUCCAAAUGAAAUCUGGUCGAUGGCCAGCUUGGACAAGCUCUACUUUCGCAUGAAUUCCUUAACAGGAUCCUUGCCCAGUCAGAUUGGUCUGUUGACAUCCUUGCUCGAGCUGGACCUUUCCACUAAUCGUUUUACUGGGACAAUCCCAAAUGAAGUUGGUUCCAUGACGUCCUUGCAAAAGCUGUAUCUGUACAACAAUAGCUUGACAGGAACCCUACCCCUUCAACUUAAUGAAUCAAUGGGGCUGAGACUGGAAGGGAAUCAAUUUUCAGGUGAUGUGCCCGAGCAUCUCUGUUCUGCCCUGUGGUGUGAUUGUGCCGCAAAUUCGACACAAGUAUCCACAUGUGCCGACCUACAUGAGCUUGUAAGUUUUCCAGGAAGGUUUCCCGGAACAAGAGCUGACAAAGAUGGCAAACAGAUUGUUCUCAAUGUGGAAUCUGACGGAAACCCGGCUGAAACCAGCUGGUUCUGGCAAAAGGAAACAAACUCAUCUGGUGUUUGGAUAACGCUGCAAGAAUCGGGGGAUGCAAUUCAAGUUCCACAUGUCUUGUACUCUUUCAUUCUUUCUCUUGCGGCCAAAACAAAAUAUAAGCUCACAGUUUUGGACAGUUGGGGAAAAGGUUUUGUCCCCUCUGGAUGGAUAACUGUGACUACAUCAAAUCAGACUGUGCUCUACUCUUUUACAGAAGUUGACACUCCGUUUUCGAAGAUCACAGUUGACCUUUCAGUUGGAGCUGAUGGUUCAGUUGAGGAGAUCAUAUCAGUUGUUGAAUGUGAUCCUGUAGUUGAGUUUUGCUAA